CCCAAAAAAACAACAACAGCUUUAAACUAACUCAAUCGCCUUCUGCCACUUUUCCCCUCUUCUUUAACUCCUUCCCCCAACAAUUCCUUUUUCGUGUUCCCCCCCCCUACACACAUAAACCAUCCGCUUUCACUACUACUACCACUACUACUGCUACACUACUCUCGCCUCAAAGAAUAUCCUCUACUCCCACACCCAUUAUAUGUUUUCAUUACCCAACUCUUUACACACAGAAACACUUCUGCCUCCAGACGUUGCUGUUUCCUUACUCGAUCCCAGCCUACUACGCUACACUUAUCACAUCUCAUCGUCGCUACUACUACCAUUACCGCUACUACGACCACCACCGCUGCCACUACCGCUUACCCCGGAUAUACGCGUCUAGAUCAGGUACUCUGCACCUUGCCUGCAAACCCUUGGAAUACUCCCCGUAGUAGACGCGCUCGAACAACCUACCACACACCGCCGCUACUCUCACUACUCUACUCUUACCUUCUACCUCCCACGUAGACUCGCCGUCACCCUCUUGGCUAACGCAGCUUUGUCGUCUACCCCCCAGACUACAAAGGUUUUGCCGUAUGGCGGUCGCGCAAAGGAGAUUCCCAGUCAAUCUUUGAAGUCUGCCCCUCCUAGCAAUGGACGAGAAGAUGUCGAUCGACAAGAAAGAAGACAUGAGAGAGGCUUCUGUGGACUCCAUGGAGUCUACCCCCGAGGCCGACGCCGGACCGCCCAACCAGGAACAUACCGAGCAGCCCAAGCGCAAGGGAGGCCGCAAGCCAAUAUACGCCACCUCCGAGGAGCGCAAGCAGCGGAACCGACAGGCCCAGGCGGCUUUCCGUGAGCGCCGUACCGAGUACAUCAAGCAGCUGGAGGAGACUAUCCGAGUCCAUGAGACAAACCUCCACAGCCUCCAGACCGCCCAUAGAAGCGCGGCGGACGAGUGCCUCAUGCUCAGAUACAAGAACUCCCUGCUGGAGCGGAUCCUGCUCGAGAAGGGAAUCGACGUCCAGUCCGAAUUGCGCGCAAAGACAGGCAGCCCUUCUCUUGGUCCCACUCAUAUGCCCCAGGGAAUGGCCAUGCCUCCAACGGUCCAACGGGCAAUCAUGAACCGUCACCACCAGGCACGACGAUCGAACUCGAACAUCGCACCCAAGCUUGAGCCUGUGGUGCCUCUUGGUAACCCCUCACCACAAUCUCGGCCAACACCCUCGUCCCACCACUCUUCGCCAACCUCGACAUCUCCCGGGUUUGCGCAAGCAAACGUGUUGACACCUCCAGCGCCAGAAGCUCAGAUUCAGCAGCAGCAGCGUGCUCACCAGCCGCUGAAGCCGCAGAUGAACCACGGGCUCGGUGUUUCGGUAGGACCGCAAAAUGCUGGACUCGGACCGGCUUUGAAGGGAAUACAGGCCGCCGCUGGGGCCGGAGAUGCUCCUGCAGCGUACUACCCCUCUUUCCAGAAUCACAUCGAACAACUAGAACAAGAAUACGACGCUCAGACCGACAUCGUCUCCGACCAAGACCAACCCGAAUCUGCCGGCCCAGGACCAUACCCUACGCCAUUCGCACUUCCACCGAUGAUGAACCCCCAACAACAACAACAGCAACAACAACGCCAGCAGCCUCGGACAACACAGGCCGGCGAGCACGUACCCGGAUUCAACUCGAUGACCCAGCAGCUGCUGGACCCUUACGACCCGAUGCUGGACAUGGACCCAUUCGGCCUGUCGGCGAGCAUGCACUUCCCCACCCAAUUUACCUUUGACACGAGUUCGAUGCGCUGAGACCGGAAAUGUUAAUGAUACCCUCGGAAAUAAAAGUUUUUGUACCUUUUUUUGGAGUUCUCACACACACAAAAUGGCAUUGCAGGCGCAAUUUGGGAGGGGAAUUUUUGCUUGUUUAUAGGGGUUUAUUUUAUUUUAUUAUCUCUGGGCUUCGGAAAUGGGCAUCCUGCUCUCGGAUAUGGCUAUUUUUGGGAAGGCCCGCCGGGAGGAUAAAUACAACGGAAUGGUAAAUAAUAAAUCAUGAAAAACGAUUGGACGCGGAGACGGAGUAUAGGGCGGCUGGCAAAGGGCGGGGGGCAUAACUGGGAGGCUGGACUGGGGCAUUAAGGCAGAACUACUGUAGGGGAUCAAAUGGGUAUCAUCAUUAUCGAAGGCGACUUGAGUGUCGCUGGUCUCCGCGAUGGCUACACAGUACACGGGAGCCGCUGCAUUGCUGUAGUUAAGCUGGCUUUUCCCGAAGCUUCAAAAAAACAUAUCGAAAAAUGGAAGGGGGGGGAAGGAGGAGGAACGGAGGAAGGAGGGGC